ACCAGAGGGGCACUUGUAAGCCAGGAACAACUUCAGGAUGGACAUUUUCCUUCUCUGUGUGUUCCUGCCUCUGGUGACUGUAGCAUGGGGCCAGUACAGUGACUAUUACUAUGGUCCCUAUAAUUAUGGAGAUAAUGAUGAAUGGGUCAAUGUGUACCGGCAAGGUUUCAACUUUCAGUGCCCACAUGGGCAGGUGAUCGUGGCCAUCAGAAGUGUCUUCAGCAAGAAGGAAGGCUCUGACAGACUGUGGAACUAUGCCUGCAUGCCAGCAUCCCAGAGCCUCGGUGAGCCGACAGAGUGCUGGUGGGAAGAGAUCAACAGGGCGGGAACUGAAUGGUAUCAAACCUGCUCAAACAAUGGGCUGGUGGCUGGUUUCCAGAGUCAGUAUUUUCCAUCAGUGCUGGACCGUGAAUGGCAAUUUUACUGCUGCCGCUAUAGCCAGAGGUGCCCAUAUUCCUGCUGGUUAACUACAGAAUAUCCAGGACACUAUGGCGAAGAUAUGGACAUGAUGAUGUACACUUAUGACUAUUACAUCCGUGGGGCAACCACAACUUUCUCUGCUGUGCACAGGGAUCGUCAGUGGAAAUUUAUUGUCUGCAGGAUGACAGACUAUGACUGCCCAUUUCAAAAUGUUUAAAAAUAUUGAGUGUACUCCACCUGGAAAUGUUGGGGACAAACAGGGUGGGAUAAAAUUAGUGAUUACAGGAGAAAAUCAAUUAGGCUCACAAAAAUGUACCAAGACUCAUCAGCUGUCUGCUGAAGACAUAAUUCUUUCCCUCUGGAGCUAAUACAUAAAUUGCCAACCCACAUGCUUGCAACAGGGAAUUCAGAGGAUUCUUUCAAGCUGCACUGACAGUUGUAUCCCACAAUUAAAUUUGCUUAUGACAUACCUUUUUAUGAUACACAAAUCUAUGGCAUAUGCAGUUACCUUUCUUAUAUAUACAUGUAGCCAUUCUCAACACAUACAACUUCCUUUCACAUAGCAGCUCUAUAGAAAUGGCUUCCCAGCACCAUAGCCCCUCCAAAUGAGGUGGAAACAUACUAUAUGCUUGCCAACAUGCACUAGACUUUCCUGUCUUCUAUUUUGUACUUGGAACCAAUCCAGAGACCCCAGCUGGAAGUGUGCAGAAAAUGUCAUUGGGAGGUGUCUGAUGGCUGCAUCUGGCACUACCUGUUACAGUCCUCAGCAUAACUCCACUGCAACAAAGGUCUGCCCACACAGGAGAAUUCCAGGUAUUUACAACCAGAAGACAUCAGUAUCUGAUAAAAAAGAGAGUAGAUCCAUCAAUAAAAACAGAAGACUAACACAGCUCUACUGAGAGUCUCUUUUAUAUUGUCUUAAUCUCUGAUGACAAAACUAACCAAGAAGCCUGGUCUGGCCAAACUCAGUAGGUCACGCCAUUCACGCUCAGUAAAUACAGAUAUGACAUUCUUCAGGAGUCUGAAUUUGAGGUGGAUUUGGUUUCCACUGUGAAUGCCUGUACAACAUACCUCUUCCCUUGGUAAUACAAUCUUGGCUUAAAAUAGACAAAGUUAGUGACUUAGGUGACCUUAGUUCCUCCAGUUUGCAGAUCCUAUUGCCUACAAAGUAUAAACUGACCAUGUUUCAAAACUGCACAGCACUUGUGCAUCUGCAGUCCAACAGCAAAGAAUAUUGAUCUGUUUCAGAAAGAUCUGAGGUAGGAUUUUCACUCUUGAACAACACAGAAUUCAGGGUUCAGUUUCUUAGUGGAUGAAUUCAAUGGUGAACUUAGCAGUGGCUUUGGUGUUGCUGGCUCAAGGGCCAUGAUGACUCCACGUGCCAAAUUUAGGCUGCAAAGCUUCAUAGUAAACAGUGGUGUCUGCCAGUGAGUUUCCAUAUUCCAAGCAUUUUUAGCAUGUUUAGAAGAACACCCUUUUGUCCAAUAAAGCAAUGCUAGGA